AUGCUGAGGAGUCUGCUGCUGUGCCUGCCGAUAAGUGUGAGCCUGGAGGCGACCUCGCUCGAGGGAUCCAGUCGCCGUGACGCUUCCUUGGCCGUGGCCAUUUCGGCCGACGGAGCUGCUCAAGGCUUGGUCAGAAGGCAGAGAUGGUGGGCUCCCAGGGCGCCUCCCGACGAGAGUCGGCCACAGCCGCUGGCGAACACAGGAACUAUAAAUCCACUGAGCUGCUACGACACCUUGGUCAAAGCGAAGAUCCCGUGUGUCAACUUCGCCAAAGUUGUCUGCAAGCCCUGGCAAGCAGAAGAGUGUCAGUGUGACGAGAAGAAUCCAAUCUGCGUUACGGACGCAGCCCAAAGAUCAUCGCCAGCAUCUCCUGCAAAUGGGCGUUCUGCCAUAGCCACGCAACACGCAUGCUGUCCAAAGCCUGCACCAGACGAAGCCGAGUGA